GCUCGCUCCCCGCCCUCAGCCCGAGCCAUGGAGGCGGAGGCGGAUGCGGGCUCUGUGGUUUCGGGGCUGUCGGGAGGGGAUGGUGCCGGCGCGGGCCCCGCCGAUGAGGACCAGGAGAUGGAGGGAGCCCCUGGCUGCUCGGGGUCGCGCUCCCUGCCCUUCGAGUUCGAGCGGAGCCGCUCGGAAUCCAGCGGCGAUGAGGACGAUGAAGAUGACGAGGAGGAGGAGAUGGAGGAAGAAGAGCUCGAGGGGGACUCCGGGGUUCGCUUUGGUACAGACGACGGCGAGCUCGACUCGGACGACGACCGGGAGCGUAUGAUAAACCUGGCAGAGUUGACCCCUUACAUCCUGUGUUCCAUCUGCAAAGGUUACUUUAUUGAUGCUACAACUAUUACAGAGUGUCUGCACACCUUUUGUAAAAGCUGCAUAGUGAGACACUUCUACUAUAGCAACAGAUGUCCAAAAUGCAAUAUAGUUGUACAUCAGACACAGCCCCUCUAUAACAUCAGACUGGACAGGCAACUACAAGACAUAGUCUAUAAAUUAGUUGUCAAUUUGGAGGAAAGAGAAAAAAAACAAAUGCAUGACUUCUAUAAAGAAAGAGGAUUAGAAGUGCCCAAACCAGCUGUCCCACAGCCAGUUCCAGCAAGCAGAGGAAGACCUCGAAAAGUUCUGGGCUCCGUGUUCCGGAUCCCACCAGAACUUGACAUCUCAAUACUGCUCGAAUUCAUUGGAGCUAACGAAGGCACAGGGAAUUUUAAGCCUUUGGAAAAGAAGUUUGUGCGUGUUUCAGGGGAGGCAACGAUUGGACACGUGGAGAAAUUCCUCAGAAGGAAGAUGGAUCUGGAUCCUGCUUGUCAGGUAGACAUAAUAUGUGGUGAUCACCUGCUAGAGCACUACCAGACACUGAGGGAGAUCCGGCAAGUCAUAGGAGAGAGUGCUGUACAGGAUGGCUUGCUUGUGCUGCACUAUGGCCUGGUGGUAUCUCCCCUCACCAUUCCUUAGAUUGCUACGCUAUCAGGAUGUGAAAGAAUCCAAAGUCAUGAAGCUCCUUCACUGCUGUUUCUCACCAAAGAACGCCAUCAUGUUUUCUGUGACAGGAAGCAAGUAGAAGAAACUAUCACUGACUGCUGUAUGCUUGUAACUUACAUCUGACUUUAGCACUAUUUUUUGUUUGUUUGUUUUUUAAGUGUUCAGUACAUACAGCUAUCAAUUUUCACUUAGCUCAGGGACUUUAAAUGCUCAGAGUUGCUGCAUUUCUUUAAAUAAUUCUUAAAACCACAAGAUCUCACAGGGUAAACAGGCUUUUUCCUUAAGCUAUGGGAUUUUGCUUACUUCCUAAGUGUCUAGCUAGAACAGUAUUCUCAGGGAUGAUCUUCAGUGGGCAGUACACUGUAUUCUGGGGUGGAAACAGUCAUAGGGUGCAGAAAAGCUUGUAGCGAUCAUCUGACUUCAGAUGUGAUUCAGGAGAGGAAGGAGACUCUUCAAAUGGAGACCAAAAUAGGUAGGAAAUGAUGUCUCACAAACUUUAUUCGGUUGUUUUUCUUGAAGAAAAACAAUUUUGAUUGCACUUGAAAAAUAUUUGCUGGUAGUUUGACUUACAUCAAGUUGUGGGUCACGCAUCUCUAGUCUGAAUGGAGGUGAGCUGGCUGUAAGCUGGUUAAACUAUGCAUGGAGGGGGAAAAAAAAGCAUCACCUCGUUCUACCUGCUUGCUGUAUUUUAAAAUAGCCUAAUUCUGCUGUCGUGUAAAAUCUGUCAUAUGACUUGACUAGCAGGAGCACAGUUUCCUUCAUUCCAGCACACAGCUUUCUAGCAGUAGUGAAAAAUGGUAGCUUUUUCCACUCUUCCCAGUAUGUGUUAGUGAAUUGUAGUGGAGAGUGGGUCUGAAGGGUUAAAUAGCAUAGUGUGUGCCUCUUCAUACCGCCUUUAUGGAGGGUAGUAGGUAACAUUUUUGUUCAUUUGUUUCAACGUAUUAAAUUACUAGGUUUUGGGACAGCUGUAGUAUUCCAGUUCUGUCCUGUUGAAGUUUUUCAUGGUCUCUUGUGCAGCAUUAAGGAACAGAGCUUUCUGUGCAAUGCUCUUGCUGCACGUUCUGUCUUAUGUGUGGGGAUUCAUGAAAGCCACUGUUAAGAACCAGGCUGCCUCUAUAGUCAGCGUAGUGAAGGGAAGAAGAUUCCUUAGUGAGGCAUUUUAGAGCACUUAAGUUAGCUCAAAUGUGUUUGCUUACUGUCCUAUUUGCUGCAGUGCUGUCAGCAUACUAAUACUGGCAUUUCUUGUCUAAAGAAAGCUUUCAUGAAUCCUUCUUCAGCUCUUUACAGAAAGUGUUAAGUUUUGCCUGUGAAGGCAACACCACAAAAAAAAAAGUCUUAUUUGAAGUAGUUCUUGUGAUGCUUCUAAAAAAAAAGAACAAAGACAUGUCUAACUAUAAUUGCCUAUUUUCCCUUCGAAGUUUGUACAAAAGUAGUGUUUAAAAUACAUUAGAAAAUUGAUUGAAUUAUUUUGUAAAGACUUUGUGAGUUGUGUUGAUAAGAGACUAUAUAUUGUAAUGGUAAAAUAAAAUUUAUUUUAGCCAAUUUUAAA